AUGAGCCAUGCACCAAAGCGACCGAGAAUUGGAGAGCGGACGAUGCUCGCUUGCAUCGGAUGCAAACAGAAGAAGUUAAAGGUACUUGGGCUUCACCUAGAAGGUAGCCAUGUCACUGACCACGGGACUAGUGCGAUGGACAAACGCCGAAAUGCAACCACUGCGUGCGGACUGGACGAGAAUGUCUUGUGGAAGACCCUGCAACAGGACUGCACCGUCCGCGCAACUACAUGCAGGCUCUUGAAUCCCGGGUGGUCUACUUGGAAGCUCUUCUUCGAGAAGUCCAUCCAGACGCAGCCUUGA